AUGAGUCAAGCUCAUAUUCAAGAUUAUGAACAUAUUGCUUCUCAUAUCAGUGAAUAUAUUGACGAAGGUAAUUUCUUUGAUGUAUUUGAAAUAGAAGACAUCAAAAAGAUCAUGAAAAUUUCAAAUUUUACAGCAAAUGGCUUCAUUGCUCUUCUUGAGCAGUCACAUCCUACUAUCAAUGCAAAUAAAUUAUAUGCUUGUACUCGAAAUGCUAAUAUUUAUAUUCAAAACUUUGAAGAUGUUAUUUCAACACUGAAAUCAAUCAAAAAGUACAUGAAACUCAGAAUACUUAAUAGUAUUGUUGACUUUUUAGAUUCCAAAGGAAAAGAAAUAUACGAUUCUACAGAGAAAAUCCAAAAACUUCAAACAGAGCUAAACGAAAUUCCAAAACAAAAAAGUGACAACGAAAUACAAUCACUUCAAUCUCAACUCAAUCAAAUCAAUGAAGAAAGCAACAAAUUAAAAGAAAAACUCAAUGAAAUGGAAAGUAACACCAAUCAAGCCGAUGAAACAAUUUUAUCAAAAAUUAAAGAGCUAAAGGAAUCAGAUGAUUUCGAAAGUAUCUACAAUUUCCUUGAUGAGCUUUCAUCUCAAGGAAAUCGAAAAAUGAUUUCAAAAGCAUGUGAAGAAGGACUUUGGAAGAAGACAACUACUGUACAUUUUCGAGAUGAUGGUGAUGAGUUUGAUGAAAGGAAUGUACUUCAUGUAGCAAGUAAUAAAGGAAAUCUCAAACUUGUCAAAUCUCUCAUUGAAUGCGGCUGUGAUAAAGGUACAAAGAGUUCACGUGGCUUGACUCCACUCAAUUAUGCAUCAUGGCAUGGUCAUAUUGAAAUUGUUAAAUAUCUUAUCUCUAAUGGAGCUGAUAUAGAAGCAAAGGAUAUUGAAGGAGAUACUUCACUCAUUUAUGCAUCAGGUAGUGAUCAUCUUGAUGUUGUUAAAUAUUUAAUCUCUAUUGGUGCUAAUAAAGAAGCAAAGAAUGAUAAUGGAUAUACUCCACUCACUUAUGCAUCAGGUAGUGAUCAUCUUGAAGUUGUUAAAUAUUUAAUCUCUAUUGGUGCUAAUAAAGAAGCAAAGGAUAAUGAUGGAUGUACUCCACUCAUUUAUGCAUCACAAAAGGGUCAUCUUGAAGUUGUUAAAUAUCUUAUCUCUGUUGGAGCUAACAAAGAAGCAAAGAAUGAUAAUGGAUCUACUCCACUCAUUAAAGCAUCACAAAAGGGUCAUCUUGAAGUUGUUAAAUAUCUUAUCUCUAUUGGAGCUAACAAAGAAGCAAAGAAUAAUAAUGGAUCUACUCCACUCAUUAAAGCAUCACAAAAGGGUCAUCUUGAAGUUGUUAAAUAUUUAAUCUCUAUUGGAGCUAACAAAGAAGCAAAAGACAAAAAUGGAGAUACUCCACUCACUUAUGCAUCAGGUAGUGAUCAUCUUGAAGUUGUUAAAUAUUUAAUCGCUAUUGGUGCUAAUAAAGAAGCAAAGGAUAAUGAUGGAUGUACUCCACUCAUUAAAGCAUCACAAAAGGGUCAUCUUGAAGUUGUUAAAUAUCUUAUCUCUGUUGGAGCUGAUAAAGAUGCAAAGAAUAAUGAUAGAUAUACUCCACUCAUUUGUGCAUCAAGAAAUGGUCAUCUUGAAGUUGUUCAAUAUCUUAUCUCUAAUGGAGCUAAUAAAGAAGCAAAGGAUAAUGAUGAAUCUACUCCACUCAUUAAAGCAUCACAAAAGGGUCAUCUUGAAGUUGUUCAAUAUUUAAUCACUAUUGAUGCUAACAAAGAAGCAAAAGACAAAAAUGGAUGCACUCCACUCAUUUCUGCAUCAGCUAAUGGUCAUCUUGAUGUUGUUAAAUAUCUUAUCUCUAAUGGAGCUGAUAAAGAAGCAAAGGAUAAUUGGGGAAGGACUCCGCUCAUUUAUGCAUCAGGUAGUGAUCAUCUUGAAGUUGUUAAAUAUCUUAUCUCUGUUGGUGCUGAUAAAGAAGCAAAGGAUAAUGAUGGAUGUACUCCACUCGAUUAUGCAUCAAGUAAUGGUCGUCUUGAAGUUGUUAAAUAUCUUAUCUCUGUUGGAGCUAACAAAGAAGCAAAGAAUAAUAAUGGAUCUACUCCACUCAUUAAAGCAUCACAAAAGGGUCAUCUUGAAGUUGUUCAAUAUUUAAUCACUAUUGAUGCUAACAAAGAAGCAAAAGACAAAAAUGGAGAUACUCCACUCACUUAUGCAUCAGGUAGUGAUCAUCUUGAAGUUGUUAAAUAUUUAAUCUCUAUUGGUGCUAAUAAAGAAGCAAAGGAUAAUGAUGGAUGUACUCCACUCAUUUAUGCAUCAGAACAUGGUCGUCUUGAAGUUGUUAAAUAUCUUAUCUCUAUUGGAGCUAACAAAGAAGCAAAGAAUAAUAAUGGAUCUACUCCACUCAUUAAAGCAUCACAAAAGGGUCAUCUUGAAGUUGUUAAAUAUUUAAUCUCUAUUGGAGCUAACAAAGAAGCAAAGAAUAAUAAUGGAUCUACUCCACUCAUUAAAGCAUCACAAAAGGGUCAUCUUGAAGUUGUUCAAUAUUUAAUCACUAUUGAUGCUAACAAAGAAGCAAAGAAUAAUAAUGGAUCUACUCCACUCAUUAAAGCAUCACAAAAGGGUCAUCUUGAAGUUGUUCAAUAUUUAAUCACUAUUGAUGCUAACAAAGAAGCAAAAGACAAAAAUGGAUGCACUCCACUCAUUUCUGCAUCAAGAAAUGGUCAUCUUGAAGUUGUUAAAUAUCUUAUCUCUGUUGGUGCUGAUAAAGAAGCAAAGAGUAAUGAUGGAAAUACUCCACUCAUUUUUGCAUCAGCUAAUGGUCAUCUUGAAGUUGUUCAAUAUCUUAUCUCUAUUGGAGCUAACAAAGAAGCAAAGAAUAAUAAGGGAUCUACUCCACUCAUUUUUGCAUCAGCUACCGGUCAUCUUGAAGUUGUUCAAUAUCUUAUCUCUAAUGGAGCUGAUAAAGAAGCAAAGGAUAAUGAUGGAUGGACUCCACUCAUUUCUGCAUCAGCUAAUGGUCAUCUUGAAGUUGUUAAAUAUCUUAUCUCUAAUGGAGCUGAUAAAGAAGCAAAGAGUAAUGAUGGAUAUACUCCACUCAUUUGUGCAUCAGCUAAUGGUCAUCUUGGAGUUGUUAAAUAUCUUAUCUCUAAUGGAGCUGAUAAAGAAGCAAAGAGUAAUGAUGAAUAUACUCCACUCAUUUGUGCAUCAGCUAAUGGUCAUCUUGGAGUUGUUAAAUAUCUUAUCUCUAAUGGAGCUGAUAAAGAAGCAAAGAGUAAUGAUGGAUAUACUCCACUCGUUUAUGCAUCAAGAAAUGGUCAUCUUGAAGUUGUUCAAUAUCUUAUCUCUAAUGGAGCUGAUAAAGAAGCAAAGAGUAAUGAUGGAUAUACUCCACUCGUUUAUGCAUCAAGAAAUGGUCAUCUUGAAGUUGUUCAAUAUCUUAUCUCUAAUGGAGCUGAUAAAGAAGCAAAGAGUAAUGAUGGAUAUACUCCACUCGUUUAUGCAUCAGCUACCGGUCAUCUUGAAGUUGUUCAAUAUCUUAUCUCUAAUGGAGCUGAUAAAGAAGCAAAGAGCGAAAAUGGAUGGACUCCACUCAUUUUUGCAUCAGCUAAUGGUCAUCUUGAAGUUGUUAAAUAUCUUAUCUCUAAUGGAGCUGAUAAAGAAGCAAAGGAUAAUAAUGGAUAUACUCCACUCGUUUAUGCAUCAGAAGAAGGUCGUCUUGAUGUUGUUAAAUAUUUAAUCUCUAUUGGUGCUAAUAAAGAAGCAAAGAGUAAUGAUGGAUGGACUCCACUCAUUUGUGCAUCAGCUAAUGGUCAUCUUGAAGUUGUUAAAUAUCUUAUCUCUGUUGGAGCUAACAAAGAAGCAAAGAAUAAAUUUGGAUGCACUCCACUCAUUUUUGCAUCAGGUAGUGAUCAUCUUGAAGUUGUUAAAUAUCUUAUCUCUAAUGGAGCUGAUAAAGAAGCAAAGAGUAAUGAUGAAUAUACUCCACUCAUUUUUGCAUCAGCUAAUGGUCAUCUUGAAGUUGUUAAAUAUCUUAUCUCUAAUGGAGCUGAUAAAGAAGCAAAGGAUAAUAAUGGAUAUACUCCACUCAUUUUUGCAUCAGCUGCUGGUCAUCUUGAAGUUGUUAAAUAUCUUAUCUCUGUUGGAGCUGAUAAAGAAGCAAAGAGUAAUGAUGAAUAUACUCCACUCAUUUGUGCAUCAGCUACCGGUCAUCUUGAAGUUGUUCAAUAUCUUAUCUCUAAUGGAGCUGAUAAAGAAGCAAAGAGCGAAAAUGGAUGGACUCCACUCAUUUUUGCAUCAGCUAAUGGUCAUCUUGAAGUUGUUCAAUAUCUUAUCUCUGUUGGAGCUGAUAAAGAAGCAAAGAAUAAAGAUGGAAAAACGGCAUUAGAUCUUGCAAAAGACAAUGUAAAAAAUUAUCUAAAAUCUUUAUGA